CGGCAGCCGGCCGGCCCCGGCAGCCCGGCCGGCCCCGCCGCCGCCAUGGCCCGGAGGCGGGGGCCAGGGCCGCGGUUCCGCGCACCUCCGUCACCGAGACCUGCCUGGGCCCCUCUGCCAGGAAGCGCCAAACCUGUGCUUGCCUCUGGGGGCCCCAUAGUGCACCCCUGGAGCGAGAGGUGCUGCAAAAGCAACGUGGGGAUGUGAGGACCAGGAUGAGCUGCAUUACCAGGAUACCGACUCAGAUGUGCCGGAGCAGCGGGACGGCAGGUGCAAAGUCAAGUGGACACAAGAAGAGGAUGAGCAACUGAAGAUGUUAGUAAGACAUUACGGGCAGAAUGACUGGAAGUUCCUGGCCAGUCACUUUCCUAACCGCAGUGAUCAGCAGUGUCAGUACCGGUGGCUGAGAGUGUUGAAUCCAGACUUGGUUAAGGGCCCUUGGACCAAAGAGGAGGACCAAAAGGUAAUUGAACUGGUUAAAAAAUAUGGCACCAAACAAUGGACCCUGAUAGCCAAGCACCUGAAAGGGCGGUUAGGGAAGCAGUGCCGGGAACGCUGGCAUAACCACCUGAACCCUGAGGUGAAGAAGUCCUCAUGGACAGAGGAAGAGGAUCGCAUUAUUUUUGAGGCCCACAAGGUCCUGGGGAAUCGUUGGGCGGAGAUUGCCAAGCUGCUGCCUGGGAGGACCGACAAUGCUGUGAAGAAUCACUGGAACUCCACCAUCAAGCGGAAGGUGGACACAGGAGGCUUUCUCAAUGAAACUAAGGAGUCCAAGUCACUAUACUUCCUCUUGGAGGUGGAUGACAAGGAGAGCCAAAGUCGAACGAGAGCUGGGAGCCAGAAUGUCCUGCCAAACUGGCCAGUUGAUAUCUCUGAAAUAAAGGAAGAGGAUGUCAGCGACGAGGAAGUGACCGGUGUACAGGAGUUACCCUCAGAGCUGCCAGCUGCUGAACUGGCAGAGCAUAACGCUGAGGGGACCUCAGAUGAUGUGGUGCCUGAGGAUGCCUCUUCAUUUUUCACAUCACCGUACAAGUGGGUCGUUGAAGCUGCCAACUAUUUGUACCCAACAUCUGUGCCAGCCUUCAGUGAAGCUCUGGACAUGAUUGAAUCUGACCCAGAUGGGUGGUGUGAUCUGACCCAGUUUGACCUACCUGAGGAACCCUCUGCUGGCAGCAGCAGUAGCAGCAACAGCCCGGUGAGGCAGACCCCCAGCAAGCCAAUGCCUUCCCUGCCCAAUGUGACUGAGUACCGCCUGGACGGCCACACCAUCUCCGACCUAAGCAAGAGCAGCAAGGGGGAGCUCAUCCCCAUCUCUCCAUACGCAGAGGUGAGCUUUGGCACGCCGCCCUCUGUGCUGAAGAGGCAGAAGAAGAGGAAGAUCUCCCUGUCCCCUGUCACAGAGAAUGCCACCAGCACCAGCCUUUCCUUCCUUGACUCCUGCAACAGCAUGACGCCCAAGAGCACCCCUGUCAAGACACUGCCCUUCUCUCCAUCUCAGUUCUUAAACUUUUGGACCAAACAGGAUACACUAGAACUGGAGAACCCAUCUCUGACCUCCACACCUGUGUGCAGUCAGAAGGUGAUUGUCACCACCCCUCUGCACAGGGACAAGACCCCUCUGCUCCAGAAGAACUCUGCGUUUGUCACACCAGAUCAGAAGUAUGUGGUGGACAACACUCCUCACACCCCCACGCCUUUCAAAAACGCCCUGGAGAAAUAUGGACCAAUUAGGCCUCUGCCCCAGACUCCUCACCUGGAAGAAGACUUGAAAGAGGUGCUCCGAAGUGAAGCUGGCAUUGAACUUAUCAUAGAGGAUGAUGUGAAGCCUGAGAAACAGAAGAGGAAACAAGGGUUGCGCAGGAGCCCCAUCAAGAAGGUCCGGAAGUCUCUGGCUCUGGAUAUUUUGGAUGAAGAUACGACGCAAAAUAUGCCUGCCCUCCCCAAGACUGUCUGUUUCAAAAGAGCCCAGCCUGUGAAUUUCCUGUCAAGGUCCCUGAACCUUUCCUCCUCGAGCAGGAAGAAUGACAGUGGUUUGCUCAACAGAGCCUUUGUGCAAGUGCAGCCAGAGAAAAUGUCUUACAGGAAAAUGCCGAGCCAUUUCAGACCACCAGCACCGAUGACCAGGGCUUGGAAAGCAGUAGCCUGUGGUGGAACCCGAGACCAACUCUUCAUGCAGGAGAAAGCUCGACAGUUUUUGGGCAUGUUGAAACAGAGUCACACAUCAAGGACCUUAAUCUUAUCAUGAAGGAUUGUUCUGCUUUAUAUUAUUUUUUUAAAUUUUUUUUAUAAGUGGAGGGAAGGGGGAGCUACAGGAAAAAAUAACCUCUGCAAGGCCCUAGUGUUUGUGGGUGGAUUUUUUUUCCUUCUGUUCCCAGGUAGAUCUAUAUUGUAAUAAAUUGGGCUAACUGCUGGCUAAUGUGUGGAAUGCAAGUUUUGGGAUCAUUAUGGAAAGGCAAACGAGGGAGGGUUGGAAAGCUAAGAGCAGGACCUCUCUCUGCAAGACCUGGGUUCUGCAAAAGUAGAAGCACAUAGCUGUGUUCUACCUUGGAGCAGCAUGUGCAGUGGGAGGUGGAGACUGGCCUUGCAGCCUGCCUGGAUUUUGUGCUGGCUGCUCAGGUACUUCGGAACAGCUUUUGCAAAGGUUUCUGCAUGUCUUGUGUCUCCCCUUCUGGCUUUCCCUGGGGAUGAAGUGGUCCAUCCCCCUUCACUCUAGGAGGAGGGAGGGUGUUGUGCACUCAUGGGAGCUGUGCUUUGGGAUGACCGGUGUUUGGAGCUGGUCCCUUGCUCCCUGUGGGGCCGUUUUGUACUGCCAUGCCACAGAAGGGGAGCGGCAGGUGCCUCUCCCCAGGGCUGUGCUCUCUCUUCAAAUAAACGAUGGUGCUAACAUCA